CUCUCUCACCUCCUUCUUCUUCUUCUGAUUUCUUCUCUUCUUCUCUCUCCAUCUUUUCUCCUUUUCCUCUCUCCUUCUUUCGCAUUCGUUCAGAUCGUCCUUCUGCUUUUUCCACCAAUUCUUCCUUCUUUACCUCUGAAUCUGUCACUCUUUAUUUACUUCUCUUUUCCUUUCUCGCCCUCCUUUUGCCGCUCGCUCUCUCCCUUGCGUUCCUGGCUCGGCGAGUCACCGCCGGCGUCAAUGCGCUCCUUUCCGGCGGCAGCCCUGCCGCUGCUGCUAUUGUUCUUAGUAUCCGGCGGAGGCGGCGGAAGAAGGGGGCUGGUGAUGGUGGGUGUUGCGGCGGACGGCACUACGUGGUGCAUAGCAAGAAGCAACACGGUGGACGCGACGCUGCAGAUCGCGCUGGACUACGCGUGCGGGGCGGGCGCCGACUGCGCGCCGAUCCAGAGCAACGGCCUCUGCUACCUGCCCAACACCGUCCAGGCCCACGCCUCCUACGCCAUGAACAGCUACUACCAGCGCAAGGCCAGGGCCCCCGGCUCCUGCGACUUCGCCGGCACCGCCGUCGUUGCCACCACCGACCCAAGUUAUGGGUCGUGUGUUUAUCCCGCAUCAGUGAGUGCAGCUGGAGGGGCUAGCCCAGGAACACCGGCGACGACACCGACAACUACGACCACGACCACGCCCACAACCAACCCAACUAGCACUACGCCAGAGACCGUGGGGGGAGGACUCAGUCCUCCUGGGCUCAACACUCCAGAGGAUUCCAGUGCCAUAACUGGCACUAGAAACCCAGUUGCUGCCUUCCUCUGUGUUGUAGCGGUCUCUGUGUUCUUCCUUGUGGUUUGACAUAUAUACAAUAUGGAGAGAGGAAUGUAAAGGCUAUUUUCAGUUCGAUUUUCUGCCGGCAUUUAGAUGAAAUGGGACAGAGAAAGGAUGUCCAUGCAAUUUCAUGAUCCCUUUGGACAUUUUGUGCAAAUUCAAAUCAAAAUUUUGUA